AUGAUUUUUAUACGACGUAGUUAUCCGGAUCUUCAGAAAACUGUUCUCGGUACUUUUUGCUUCCGAAAGUUCGUUGAUGGUAAUGUACAGGAGGCGGCAGAAGUCAGUGAUAAAUGGAAUGAGAUUGGAAAGCGGAAUAUUUCGUCCAGCGAUUUUGUGCCAAACGCCUUUGAUAAAAAGAAAAAUUUUGAAUCAAAACAAGUAAAUAACGUUGAUAGAACUCUAGCACUGCAGAAUUCCUCAACACGACGGAAAAAGAAAAAAGUGGAAGUCAAUCGAUUUCGGCCCAUUGUUUAUUCAGAAGGAGAACUGGAUAAAUCGAACUUUAUGCAGCCACCUUCAAGGGACAACCCACAUCCAUUCGAUCCGAACACAAAUCCGUCAUUGUUACCUCCCACGCAUUCAUGGUCUAUUGCUCACUACGUGAAUCAUUUACCGGUAUUACAGGUACUUGUCGAACUAGGCAUGGAUUUAUUUGAGGUGGAUUCAGUGGCACAUAUUGGCCGUAAAUUGAUAAAAUUAGAUUGGGAAAAUGAUGUAAGACCGAAACUUGUUUGGUUGAUUCAUCAAGUUGGUAUGCCUAUAACCGAUGUUGGCUCAUAUUUAACACGAAAUCCGUAUUUCUUAUUACAAGAUUUAGAAAGCAUGCAGGUGCGAUUAAAUUAUCUUUAUACAAAGCGACUAACUAAGGCAAAAAUCCUUAAAAUUGUGAGAAACAAUAGGUUUUGGUUAAAUACAGACGUCAAAACAACGGAUGCUCGAUUAGGAUGGAUUCAAAAGACCUUUGAGUUGACAGGAGAUGAAAUGCGUCAAGUCAUAGUUACCGAGCCAAGAAUUAUUAUGUACGGUGUUGGAUCGCUUAAACAACUUGUUACUAUGUUGAGCGAAGAGUUGGAAUUUACAAAAGAACAAAUUAAGGCAAUUUUGAUGAAAGAUCCGAGAGUGUUCAUGAUGGAGCCGAAUGCUUUACGUGCAACGUACAGUUAUCUUCGUUACAGUGUGCAUCUAUCAAACAUGCAAAUUUCUGAAUGGCCAUUAUGUUUGAGAUUUCCCAUUGGUGCAAUUCGCAGACGGCACGAAUUUUUAGUACAGUUACAUAAAGCUGAUUAUGACGAAGGUUCAGCGAACUAUGUACAUCUUAGUUCUCUAUUGCAACCAUCCGAUAAAAAAUUUGCUCUUAAUGUGGCACAUACAUAUUUGAAUGUAUAUAAUGCUUUCUUGAAAGACUAUUGA